CGACCGAGCUCCGCCCAAGGCGCUAAAUUAACUCCAGUCGGGAGAGCGUUCGGCGCUGCUGCUCCUUACUUUUAUCUGCCCAGCUCGGCUUCUUCUCGUGGCGAACGCGACGGAGUCGCGGCGCCGGGCGUCUGUCACCACGCGCCAUGAGCCCCGCGCGGCCGAGCGUGCCCGCAGCGCUGCGCCUGCUGCCCUUGCUGCUGCUACUGCUGCCGUGCCCACCCACCGUCCGGGGUGACUGCGGCCUUCCGCCAGAAGUGCCUAAUGCCCUGCCAGCUCUUGGAGGGAAUACCAGUUUUCCUGAGCAAACCACAAUAACAUAUACGUGUAAUGAAGGCUUUGUUAAAAUUCCUGGCAAGCCAGACUCAGUGAUCUGUCUUUCUAACAAUCAAUGGUCGGAGGUUGCAGAAUUCUGUAAUCGUAGUUGUGAUGUUCCAACCAGGCUGCUUUUUGCAUCCCUCAAAAAGGAUUAUAGUAUGCAGAAUUAUUUUCCAGUUGGUUCCACUGUAGAAUAUGAAUGCCGACCUGGAUACAGAAGGGACCCUUCUCAGCCAGUAAAACUAACUUGCCUUGAGAAUUUAACAUGGUCCAAACCGGCUGAAUUUUGUAAAAAAAAACAAUGUCCUAAUCCUGGAGAACUACAAAAUGGUCAUAUCAAUAUCACAAUUGACAUCUUAUAUGGUUCACCCAUCUACUUCUCAUGUGACACAGGGUAUAAAUUAGUUGGUGCAACUUCUAGUUACUGUUCUCUUUUGGACAACACUGUUAAGUGGAGUAAACCACUGCCAGAGUGCAUAGAAAUUCACUGUCCUGAACCACCCAAAAUUGACAAUGGCUAUAUUCAAGAGGAACAUGAGGUUUAUGUAUAUAGACAGUCUAUAACAUAUGGAUGUAAUAAAGGAUUCACCCUGGUUGGAAAGAGCUCCAUUUAUUGUGCUAUAAAAGACAACGAAGGAGAAUGGAGUGACCCACCACCUCAGUGCAAAGGAAAAUCAUCAGAUUCCAAGCCCCCACCAACACCUCAGAAGCCCACCACAGUCAGUGUACCAGCAACACAGCGCACACCUGUUCCCAAGGCAACCACGAGUUUUCAUGCAACAAGCACAUCAAAAGGGAAGGAAAUGUCUCCUUCAGGUGCUGUCAGUCUUAUAUAUGGUUUAUUUCGUGAAUCAGAUCAUUAUCUCACUUUAAAGAUAAGUAGACUGUAUUGCAAAGAAAUUGCUUUUGAUUAUACUGCAGUGUAAGGGAAUGAUGCAGAUGAUAAAACUUGAGAAAUAUUUAAUUUUUUCUAUUUAAUUCAAAUAAGACUGAGGAAUCUUUACAGAAUUUCCUAAAUUACCUUGUAAAUGACCCUGGCACUAUGAAUUUUAAAGAUACUCUUCUACUGGCUCUGUUGUCAAUGGUUCUCAAUAUGUAUUUAUUCUUGCCUUUCAUCUGCCAAGGACCUGUUUAGACUUUUGCCCCCCUAAUCAUCCUUUAUGAGAUUUUAACUCUGUUCAUUAAAUCAAUUUAUGUACUUUAUAUGUUACUAUAUUUACACAGAUAAAAACUAAGUGUUUUUUUCACCUACUUGGGAUAUUGUCCCCAUUAAGAAUUCGUGCUCUAUAUAGUUUCACUGGUUUUUGUUUUUGAAGACAAUAUCAUAUAGAAAAGAAGAAAGUGUUUGUGCUUUGUGCUUUGGAGUCAGUCAGACCUUGGUUUGGAUCUGUUUUUUUUUUUUUUAAUUUAGUAAAUAUUCAGUGCAAGUAAUUAAUCUCUUUCAGUUCCAAUUUUCUCAUUUAUGAGACAGAGAUUAUGAUUCCUAUACAAAGUCUUUGAAGUUUAAUGUGAUAUUGGAUUUGAAAACUCUAAGCACAGUGCCAAAACUUUAAUGAAUGUAGCUUCAAGAAGUUAUAACACAUCUGAGGAAAAGUUGUUUUCCUAAUAUGGAUUCAUGACAAUUUUAUCAUUCCCUCUGGCCACAAUGAAGAAUAAAAGCAAAUUUUAAUUCAAGUAAUAUUUGCAUGUUUGCUAUGUAGCAAGUACUGUACUAACAUUUUUAUAUGUAUUAAUUUGCUUCUUACAAUAGUCUUAUAAUGUAGCAUUUUAAUAUUUUUCAGCUGAUAAAACUGUACUUUUACAUAAUUUGUAACUUGUCCAGAGUUUCAGAGAUAAAAGGCAAUUAUCCAGUGAAGGAUAGCAUCUCUUCCUAGUAAUAGAACAAGAGCCUGUAUAACUCAGAUUAGACAGGGUAACCUUGAUUCUUUACUAAUACUGUUUUAUUCCCCCCCCUCAUUGCUGAAAUCCCAUAUUGUGACAUUCCUAAAUUUUUUAUGACCAAUUGAAAGAAUAUUAAAGAAAAAGAGAACACUCAGUGAAAUAUAUAGUUCUCUAUAUCGUUAAUCAUAUACAUAUUUAUUUAUCCUUUUAUAUUUACUUGACUAUGGCAUGAAUUCCCAAUAUUCAAAUGUAGCCAAAACCUAAGUGUACUUGCAAGAGUCUAACAUCUUACGAGUUAUUUCAAAUGAAUAAGUUGCUGAUUCAAGGGUUACCACUAUGUCUUAUUAUAUGUUUCUUCACCUGACAUACUUCUGUUCCACUACAAAGUGACCAUAAUUAUCCAUCUGCUAUUCAGAGUUAAGACAUCAGAAAAUAUAAUCAUGUAAGUUUUCUGUAAUAGUUGUAGUCUGGAAAAGGAAGUGUGUGAAUUUCUUUUAUUUAAAAAAUUGGAAAAACUACAGAGACAAAAUCCAAUGAUCAUGUCAAGACACUGAAAGGGUCCAGUGGGUGUUGCUCAGAGGCAGUCGUGUUGAGAAAAAUUUAUAAAUCUGAAAAUUUAAUGUUUACUCAAGCACAUUCUUUGUCCAUCAAGACAAGUAUAGUGGACUUCACUUGCCCACAGGCUCUGUAUUCUUUUAUAUUAAGUAUGAUUAUAAGCAAGAACCAAAACUGCUCAUAGCUUUGUGUUUUUCAUAACAGGUGGACUGCAUUUCCACUUUGUUAGAUAUACAAGCAUGACUUUUUGAAGUGAGUAGGCAAGCCCACAUUUUUUUCAGAAAAAGACAUCAUUUAAUUAAUACCAACUAACAGAUAAAAUUCUGACAAGGGUUCUUUGGGAACAGAUAUGAUACUCUAUUAACAUAGCACCCAUCUCUUAUAAAUUUUAUUUGAAUAACCUGUUACUUUUAUUUUAAAAUAUUAUGAACAAUUAAAAUCAUGUCAUGAACCUGAGGCUAGAAAUAAAAAUAUCUUUCUUCAGUCUCAGUUUUCUCAUCUUCAAAAAUGAUAUUCAGUGCAAUUUACUAAACACUUCCUUCUGUGUGCUCAGCACUAUACUGAUUAUUGAAAGUGAUCAAAUGAGAUAAUAGGUGGCAAACUGCUUUACAGUGUUUUAAUUACUAUGUAAAUAUGUUUUUAUAUAAUAGGGAAUCUUACUAAAAUUCUACUUUUGUUAGAGAAUCUCCUUUUCUAAAAUUAUGUAAUUUUACUAACUAAUCAAUUUAGUGAUUCAGGACACUUGAAUUAUAAUUAUAAUUUCCUUUUUAUUUUAUAAUUUAAUUUACCCCAAUUUGUAUAAACCUUAAAUUGACUUUGAUUCACCUUUGAGUUGGUUUCUAUAGAUACCAAGUGAAUUUUGAGAUUAUAAAUUUUCCCUUUAUUCCAAAAGUUGUUUGUUUCUAAUUUGAGAGCUAAUAUGCUCUUACUAAUUUACAGAGAAUGUAUAGAGAGUUUCAUUUCUCAUAUUUCUGUUUUGCUCUGAUUUUCUGUUAAACUGUCGAUCUCCCAAACUUUAAGAAUUACGUACACGUGUUGAUCAGUGUUCUUUCUAGUAAUAAUCUUGUAUUUUUGUCAUCUUCAUAUUCUGGAUCACUUUUGAAUUUUCUAUCCUGAUUUUCACUCAAAUUCCAGUGAGAUUAAAAAUGGUAUGAUUGAUGGGAAUAGGUAAGAGAAAGGAAAUCUCAAAACUUUUGAGGAGUUGUGAUUUAUAUUAUGAGCUAACAAUAUAGUGCUGGAGGAUCAGUUAAAUUUACUAGGGAAAAUAGUACAACAUCCCUGUUGUGAAAACAGCUGGGUUUUAACAGUCAUACACCUACAUGGCAAUGCAAUUAUGAAGCAUCUAUAGUUUGCUGAUUUGGAACCAAAUACACUCAUUAGUUAAGGACAUUGGUGGCAAAUGGGGUAGGGAGGGAAAGGGAGAAAGAGAAUGAGAAAAGAGUGAAUGGGUAGCUUUCAAAGAAAGGUCAUGUAAAAUGCAAGUUAUGAAGGUGGUUUUCUGUUGACUGAUGUAUCUGAUUAUUCCCUGCUGUUCAGCUCAAAAUUGUGUUUUUUUAAUCUUAAAAGUAAAUACAACUUGCCAAAGUGAAAUUUCAUCUUUAAUAGACUGAACACUGAAAAACAUUCUGUAAUCAAAGUGAAUACAUUUUUCCUUCCAGUCUCAUUUAAUAGUGCAGUUCUCUUUCCUGGGCUGGAGAUAUGCCUACAAAUCAAUUAUCUCUACCAUGAACUAAAUAAAUGGCCUUCCUAUUAACCACAUAUGUAACUUUGACUUUUCUGGAUAUCUGUAUAUAUAUUCACCUACAAAAUGAGAAUGAACUCCAUUAUUCCUUCUAACUCAUUAUUCAGUCAUCAUAUUUGAACUACCAAUGAACAAAACAUUUAAAAGUAAGCAUGGUUGUGUUGAAACAUCUCAGAAUUCUCUAAAAUCUGUCAAAUAUUUGUAUUUGAGCACUGUGAUACUUUAUUUCUUUUUCUUUCAAAGAAGAUAGAACAAAUAACAUGCAGUAUUAUUGUCAAUCCUGUGACAUAAGGAAUCCAUAUACUAAAUGCAAGCCAUGUCUCCCUUUUUUUCUUUAAUUUGUUUCAUAACUACUCUGUGUCAUUGUGAAGCUCCAAUGUAUAUGCCAUUGCCCAUGUUUCUAUUAACUGUGUUACCAAAUUUUUC